AAGAAACUUCAAGCACAAAAAUAAAGAAAGAAAUGAGAGAAUUUGAAUGUCUGUCCCGAAUUAUUUUAUUAUGAAGAAUACAAAGCAUUUAUUGAAGUGAAUUUUAUCCAACAGAAGUAGAGGAGCUUGAUUAAUUGACUCCCAAACAUCCCUGUAACUACUCACAGUUUUUUUAAAGUUCCAUUGUCAAAUUUUGUGGUUUUUUAAAAUGCUUUCGAAUUCGGCGUUCUCUUCUGUUCAUUAAAUUUUCGAAGAAAAGUCACUCGACUUUGCUUUAUUGUUUAUCUAUAGAUAACACUUAUUUUAUAAGGAAUGAAUUAGCUAAUUAACCUAUUAAUUAUUCAUUGCAUCCUUUGAUUUUCAUUAAAUGACAAUAAUCUGUUAUAUUUCGGUAUUAAGGUUGAAACGAAAAUUUCUUCAUAUGUAUUGAAAACAAUAUUUGCAAAGUGGCUGAAAGGCAAUAGUUGUUUUGGUGACAACAAAAAUAUUGUCAUUCUUAUGAAAUAACUAGUUUGAUCUUUUUUUGUUAAGUACAUUUCGGCAGAGAGACAGUUUGUAUAACACCGAUUUCUUCAGUAGAGUGCAUCUCAAUGUCUUAGACUCAAAAUAGAGCCAAUAUUUAUUGAGUUGAAAUGAUGAAAUCUUCAGAGAAGAAGGAGAACAAUCGUAAUGAGCAAGGCUCGGUGAAGAAAAUUUUUGAUGAUUUCGCAAACUCUACAACUGCACAUGGGAUUCAGCAUUUGGUUUCAUCGAAAAAAACGCUUGGCAAAGCAGUGUGGUUGAUUGUUUGUUUAGCGGCGUUGACGACAAAUUUAUUUCUCUGUGCGCAGCUUGUUAAAAAAUAUUUGUCAAAGCCCGUCUCGACAACUGUUGGAGUGAGGCAUGAACAAACCAUGAUCUUCCCUUCUGUCAUGGUUUGCAAUCACAAUAUGUUACGCAAAUCAGAAUUCCAAAAAGCGAAGAGAAGGAAGUUAAUAAACUUCAAACAAGAUGCCUCGAUGAUGUCGUUGUACAAAGAAAUGAUGCUGAAAGCCAUUGGUAUGGCAAAUCAAGCCAGUAACACUUCAUCGAUGAAUAUUUCAGUUAACACUGAUAUCAUUGAAAGGAGAUGCCUUCUUGAAUACCUUAGCAAUAUAGAAAAGCCACAAUUGAAAGGAUUGGGUCAUCAAUUUCACAAUUUUGUGGUCAGGUGUGACUGGAAAGGAAUUGAUUGCAAGUCAGGUAUGCUUGAGAACCGAUGGUAUAAAGUCUGGAAUCACAUCUAUGGCAACUGCUUCAUUUUCAACUACGGUUACAAUAUGGAGAGAAAGAAGCAAGAACCUCUUAGGCUGGAAGAUGUUGGAAUGCAAAAUGGAUUAACUUUAGAUUUGAACAUUGAACUCUACGAGUAUGAUGAAGAAUUGACCAAGGAAACUGGCGUCAGAGUUUUGCUCGCAGAUCAGGGCGUGUUUCCGUUGCCAUCAAUACAGGGAUUCAGUGUUCCCCCCGGUGUUCAUGCCAGCAUUGGAAUUAAGAAGGUCGAAGCUGUUCGAGUUGAUCCAUUUAAUAAUGGCAGCUGUCGAAGAAGUGACUCCCUUGACGAAGAUGGUGAUAAAUACACGAUGCAGCGUUGCACCCAGAGAUGCCACUGGCAAAGGCAGUUAAAGAAAUGCAACUGCACUGGCCUCAGACUUAGCUCUCCAAAUAGAACCUGUUUGACUGUUGAAGAACACAUGUGCAAGGCUGAGGUUUCAACGGAAAUGGAUGCAUUGGGUAUCAACAAGAUAUGCAGCACCAAAUGUCCACCGCCUUGUUUCGAAGCCAAAUUCUCCCAUUCAGUUACAUACUCAACGCUCUAUACUGCCGCCCUUCCGAAGCUGAAGACAAGCAUUUUCAGAAAUGAUGAUGAUUACAGGAAAAAUUUCGUUCGGCUGCAAUUUUUCUUCGAAAGUGACAUUGUCGAGUUUAUCGAGACCUAUACAAGUUAUGAGAUGGAACAGCUGCUGUCGGAUAUUGGUGGUCAGCUAGGCCUUUGGAUCGGCGUCUCAUUCGUAACUUGCGUAGAAAUUUUUCUAUUUCUGUAUUCUUUCAGCUACCAUGUGCUUAAGAAGGUUUGGUGCACUUCAUUUAAAGUGCAUAACAACAAACAAACACAGGAAAAUUGACAAUUGUAUCACACUUUGACAAUAAUUUCAAUUUCUUUCUGAGGCAGCGUGAAUGUUUAAAUCAAGAGCUCGAUGUAGAUUAAAGGCAACGGGUCUAUAUGAAACAAACGGAAUAGCUAGGGCCGCGACGUCUGGCUGGUUGGGCUGCCGCUAAAAGGGCCUCCAUCAGUAGAAGAUUUCAAAGACCGAGAUACAACUUUUUGUUUGGGGACCAGCCCUGAUAAAUAAGUGCAACAACAGCCAUAUUUACAAAGUAAAAUCAUUGUACCUAUGCAAUUUUUGUUUUUUUGUGAGAACAAGGCCCCUCCCAGGUAUCUUUGUCCAUGAAAAAUUUGAAGACUCUCUUUUCUUGUGAGAACUAUUUGAUAGAUCGUGACUGAAAACAGUAGCACCUUGUAUGCAUAUUGUUCAAACUUUAAGAAAACAUAAAUUUUACUUUAGAUGCUACAAGCAGAUGCGUAGCUUGACCAUCCAGAUUAGGGGGCGAAAGGUCAUCAAAAGUAAAAUUUCCCGAUAAAGCAUGCUAAAGAAGAUUUUUGCUGCCUUUUUAUCUACUGGUAGAUGAUUCUAUCAAUGAACUAAGAAACACUGGACCUACUACAGAUCUACUGGAGAAUUUACGAAGAACUUAGAAGUGUCAAAACCCCCAAAUACCCCCCUCCCGCUAGAAGCACCCCUGAGUACCAGUCCCUCCCUAGCUAAGAGUACCGUAUCUUCAUGUGAUUCUGAUUGUGAUCAAAUCUUGCACGAAACAUUCUCUUGUGUGAUCAACCACCAUGGCCAAUACAAGCCUAUCACUUGUGUUUAUCGAAAAACUCUAAUGGCAUUGUGAGCAAAUUGCCAAAAUAUUUUUGCCAAGAUUUUCUGCUUCUCAUAUCAUAUAGAAUCGUUGCCUUCACUUUUUCACUUGGAACUAUUUUCCAUUUGUAUUUGCAUAAUUUUUCCAACUUCAUAUAAUAUAAACUUAAGAUUUAGGCAAAUAAGCACUUCAAAAUGAUAAAAAGAAGGCAAGCUUUCAAGACUUAUUUAACAUGUAAAUUUGUAAAUAUUAAGCCGUUGUAUCUAACGGGAUUAAUGGUAUUUAGAGCUCUGCCCCCUUCCUAACAUUCAAAGUUCAGACGUUUUAAAAUCACAGUCAGAAAAUUUAUUUCAUCUUCCAUAUGGCACCGUUUUCCUUGUUUGCUAUAUGACGUAAAUCUGUCAAAUUACAUCUUAUCUAGAUAUCAAAAUAAAUCCAUAUCAAUUAUAUAAUUGAAUAUCAUGAUGUUUAUGAGUAUUCUUAACCAGGUAAAUUAUAAGAGUUCCCUGGUACCAUUUUCAUUUUCAUGGAAAUUAAAAAUCACCAUUUCUUACAAAACAUAAAUGUUUUGCUACGUUGAACUUCGAAUAAAAAUGAAAUUCACUUUAUGCCUACAAAUAAAUUGCUUGUUUUGAUUUUAUGUGAUCGAAUUUCCUAUCUUAGUUACAGUGAAAAAGUCUGUCACAUUUUAUGCUUCAAAAAUUCAUUUUAGACCCUUUCUUGGAAUUAAGGGUGAGCGUGACUGUUUUGUUUUGUCAUACUUCAUAACUAUAAUCCCAUGUAUACUAACAUUUGUACUAAAGCAAACAAAUUUAUGCUUAUCCACAGUAUAUCAAGAUACAGUUGAAUACUAUUUCGUAUUAAUUUAUUUUAAAUGAAAUUUCAAAAAUUGUUUGAGGAGACCCUUUUUGCAUAUUGAUAAUUUUCAAAUUUAGUAACAAGGUAUCCAAAUCAGACUGACAAUAAUUUGACCCCAAAAAAAUUUCCUUACACCGCAA